AUGGAUGCAGUUACAGCUAGAAACCUUGAGCUUGUUCAGAACCGUAAAGAUCCCAAGAGUGAUCACACAUUGUUCGGCGUUCUCAAUUACACAAAGACUAUGGGAGGAGCUCGUUUGAUGAGGUCAAAUAUCUUACAGCCGCCACUGAAUGAAGAAACCAUUAAGCUUCGCUUGGAUGUUGUAACUGAGUUAACAGAGAGUGAGGAACUCUUUUACAAUCUGCAAUCAGUUCUGUCUAGAUUUAUUGAUGUGGAUCAUCUUCUGUCAUUGUGUGUUCAAAUCCCAAAGGAAGAGUCUGUGAAAUCAUCUGAGCAAAAGAUCACUAAUAUCAUCUACCUGAAGCACACUCUAGAGCUUGUUGAACCACUCCGUCUGGCUCUUCACUCAGCCAAGUCAAAACUCCCUCAAGCAUAUCACAAGACUUUGCAAGAUAGUCGAUUUCAACAGAUCUUAGAAAAGAUUGGCACAGUGAUUAAUGAUGAAACCAGAUAUCAAAAAGGGGCUCUUAACAUGAGGACUCAGAAGUGCUUUGCUGUCAAACCAGAAAUUAAUGGUCUACUUGAUGUGGCAAGGAGGACCUACACAGAACUUGUUGACGAUAUUUCUGAGAUGAUCAAACAGCUCUCAGAUGAACAUGGUCUAUUGCUUAGGACCAAUUACAGUACAGCUAGAGGAUUUUUUAUCCAGCUCUACAGUAAAGGCAAACACAGCAUCCCUAUAGAAUCUCUACCUUCGGUCUUUAUUAAGGUUGUCAAGGCAAAGAAUAUGCUCAGCUUCACUACAACCGAUCUGAUCAAAAUGAAUGACAGAGUAAGAGAGUCACUGAACGAGAUAUACCUCAUGACUAAUGUUGUUGUCAGCCAGUUACUGAAUGACAUUCGAGAGCAUGUAGGCUGCCUAUACAAGCUAGCUGAAUGUGUUUCUGUCAUUGACAUGCUUGUUUCAUUUGCCCAUACAUGUACUCUCUCAGACUAUGUGAGACCAGACUUCACUGAUACUUUAGCUAUCAAGCAGGCAAAGCACCCAAUCCUAGACAAGAUCUCCUAUGAUCCACCUAUUCCAAACAACAUUUAUGCAUCAGAGGAGAGUAACUUUCUUAUCAUAACUGGUCCAAAUAUGAGUGGCAAGUCAACCUACCUGAAACAGAUAGCAUUACUACAAAUCAUGGCUCAGAUAGGUUGUUAUGUACCAGCAGAGUAUGCAUCUUUUAGGAUCUGUGAUCAGGUCUUCUCAAGGAUUGGAUGUGAUGAUGACAUUGAAACAAAUGCAUCAUCAUUCACGUUAGAGAUGAGAGAAGUGAAUUAUAUUGUGCAGAACUGUUCUCAUGAAUCACUGGUCAUCAUUGAUGAACUAGGAAGAGGUACUAGUAGUGAUGAAGGUGUUGGUAUCUGUCAUGCUAUCUGUGAAUACCUUCUCAGUCUGAAAGCAUUCACAUUCUUUGCAACACACUUCAUGGAACUAGCCAAUCUGGAUGCUCUCUAUCCAAAUGUUGAGAAUUAUCACUUCCAAGUAGAGCAAAGUCAAGCUGAAGGUUUAGAUAACAACAUGAUCAACUACACUCACAUCUUAUCAAGAGGGAGAACAACAGAACAGUACUAUGGUAUCAAGUUAGCAGAGAUAUCCACUUUACCGCCAUCUGUUGUAAGAGGGGCCAAGAAAUUGUCGCAGAAACUAGCUCAUCAAAGGAAGACCCAACAAGAAUCUGUCAAAAAGGACCAGAAGAUGAGACCCAUCUUUAGACUAGCCAACAGGUUGCUUCAAGCUGCUAGGAGUUCCAAGUUAGACCAAGCUGGUCUAAGAGAGUACCUCAAAAUACUGAAGGAGAGUUACUUCAAAGAAAUGGGAUCAUCAGAAGAAUGAUAGGAAAUCAUAUCAACUUGCUUAUAGACUCAUCAAAGCUAUAAAGAGUUCCUAGAUUGAUUUAAGGUGGUACCUUAUGGUAAUGGGAGGUUCCAUUAAAUGUGUACACCAAACUGUAUGCAUGGGACCUUCCUGAAGUCCAAUCUAGUUGCUAGACUAGCCUUUCCUAAUAAAUAGAGACUAUAUUUGAAACCUUUGAAACUUGAUAGUUCAUUUUUCAAAUAAAGCCCUUAGCUUCUCUGAAAAGUUAUAAAGCACAACCCUGUCAAGGUAUUUCUGUAGAAUUAUAAAAGAGUGCUGGUUUUUAUCAAAGCAUGAAAUUCACAGACCUGAUUUACAGGUCUAACCAAAUGUAAAUUAUCAAACUAAAUUCAUCAAGAAAUUUGAAGAAAAAAAAUCCCAAGUUAAUAAAAAAUUUGUUAAAAUAGCCAAACUUGUGUGUGAAGUGAGUAUAAAUGUGUGAACUUCUCAUGAAUAAUCUUUAUUGUGAGGUAUAAACCUCCAUAUAAUUCAUAGGUUGACAAUUUUAAGACCAGGUUAUGCAAAGCAUUGUUAUUGCCUCUUCAAAGUUGAUAUUUUGCAUAAGUGUAACGGAUUUACAUGGUCUUCAGGGGCGGUAUUCUGAAAAUCGUGUUAACUUUCGUGUUAAAUAUCGUGUUAUCUCUCUGAUUUAACACGCUCCUAACGUACCCCCAAAUCGGUAUUCUGAAAACCGUGUUAUCUGCGUGUUAUCUCAUUUCGUGUUAUCUUCAGCUCCUCCCACUCUGCAUCCAUUUAAUCCAAUCAAAUGCGCUGUUAAAGAAACAAAUCGCGCCAAAUUUCAGGGAAAGGGGGAGUGCGCGCUCGGUGACACGAAGCCUGCAUUGUGACAUCAUUUUGUAAGCGCAUACAGUACAGCUAAAUAAAAGUUAGAGCUACAAAGAGACGUGGGGAUGGGUGAAUGUGACAAGAACCGGAUGAUACGAAAUUAUGACAGGAAACAGAGGCCUCGAUCGAUUGUGGAGCGGGCAGGGGACGAUCGCCCCUAAAAUAUGGGGCAAGCAUAAGUUAUACAUGCCCCAAAAAUUUUGAGAACUUGAAAAAAUAAACAUGCAAUGCACAUUUUGAAAAGCAUGAAAAGCACUUCAAGAAAAAUUAAACCCGACUAGAAAUAUCAAACAUACAAAAUUGUAUUUUAGUUUCUUUAUUAAAAUUUGAUAGCGAUAUUAGCCCCCCCCCCCCAAAAGAAAAAAAGAUAUAUAUAUUGUUUUCACUUUUGUCCGACCCCCACCCCCCUCCCCACAUCCGAAGCAUAUAAAUUGACUGGCGGGAUAAAUAAAUUAAGGAUAAUCUAGAAGCAUUUAAAAAUUAAAAAAAUUGUAAUCAUUGGAACUAUAUAACGAUUGAAAAGGGUAAAAACAAAUUGUGAAUAGUAUAGAAGAGUUCCCCAAUCGCCAAUUCCAUUCUUUUUAAUUUUUGUUUGUGCUUUUUUAGACGUUUUUAAUUUUUUUCCUCUCCUUUUGUCCUUUUUAUAUUAUGGCAAAAAGUAACCAAAUAAAUAACUCAUGAGCAUAUAAUUAAUAAUGCAUUUGAAGUGUAUUUUCACAGGAAAUAUCAAAGAAAUCGUUGUUAAACUUUAAUCAUUGUUAGUAUAGAGAGAAAGGUAGAUGGAAAAUACUAAAGCUGGAAAAAUGAAAGAAAAUUUGAGUAAAUUCUGCCAGACGAUAGCUAUUUGCCCGUAAGUGUUCUUUUUCAUGUUUUCCUCUGUUAGAAAAAGUGCAGCCGUCGUCAUCCCCAACUUGACCUCUCCUUAACGCAGUGUUAAAUUUUCGUGUCAUCUUUGAACAAAAUUUUAGCUAACACCGUUUUCAGAAUACCAAAUUUCGUGUUAUCUUGCUCCCUAACACCGCGUAUGGGGGUUGCGCGUUGCGCACUGCGUAUUUCAUGACCUGCGCGGUGUUACCACUUGGGCCACUUGUUUUCCAUGCUAACACGAUUUUCAGAAUACCAAUCGUGUUAGCUAACACCGUUUUUGUGCUAACACGGUUUUCAGAAUUCCGCCCCUGAGGUUUGAAUUAAUUAUGUUGACCUGUACUCACAAUUGAUAGCAUCUGCAUUAUGUAUUUAUAUAAUGUUAAAUUUGCAGUCUAGCUAACCAGUAAUGUGUAGGGGAAGGCGGGGUAAGUUGUGACACUUUUUGUUUUUUGCAUGUUAGAAUUGAUAUGAUUAAUAAUCUUGUAGAAAUAAGUACCUUGCCUUAAUAUCUAAUUCUUCUGAAAUAUUUUUCACCUCUAUAUAACUUUCUACCCCCACACUGAAAGUCAUUGUUACCUUUGAAAAAAGAGAUGUUAAAUGGCUCAACUUGCCCCAUCUGUGGGGCAAGUUGAGCCACAAAAACUAUGUAAAAACUGUAUGGGGAAAGAACCAGCAUGUACAUUUUUUAUUUAAAGACUAUUCUCUUGCUAAUUCUCUAUACAUUGUAAAUACUAACAUCCUCUAAAAGGAAAAGAAUAGUCAUAUAAAUUUGCUCCUUUCUGCCUGCAUGUCGAUGGCUUUUUAAGGUUUUUUUUUUUUGUAUAUACAUUACCGUAAGAAUUACCAUGACUCGACUUGCCCCAUGUUGGCUGGCUCAACUUACCCCAAUCGAAACUUAAUUCAACAAUUUUGCAUCCACAUGUUUCUUAUGCAUCAUCAUGUAAAAGAGUAUGACACAGGGGCCGCGGAACCGGGGGGGCUGGGGGGGGCUUCAGCCCCCCCCACUUUUUUUCAAAAACCGUGUACAAAAACGUAAAAAUUACCAUAUGAUUGUGAUUUUUAGCAUGGUCAGCCCCCCCCACUUUUGGCUCAGCCCCCCCACUUUGAAAACCGUUCCGCGGCCCCUGUGACAAGAAUGAAGAUCCACACCUGGAAUAACAAUGUUCUUAUGUCUUUAUUAUAUUUAAAGACGUGUGUGUGUGUGUAAAAAGCACUUGUCUAUUUCACACCCUUUUUUACUUUUUGGGCUGAAAAUUUUCCCUCUGAAAAAGUAAUUUUUGUUUCAAAUUUGAAAACAAUAUGGUGGGGUUAGGGGUUAUGCAAUGGGUCAUCAAUACAUGAUACCACCACAAUGUCUGACUCAUUCAUUAUUGGCCUGGGGCUGGUGGCUCAACUUGCCCCUAUGCUCAACUUACCCCGCCUUCCCCUACACUUGUGGAAAAAUGUACAGGCUUGAACCCGGCGUGCGUAGGGAGAUGCUGCACUUAUAAGUUAAUCGUAAUGAACUAGCAAAUCAAAUGAAUAUAUCCCAGUUAUUGACAGUAUAUUAGAGUUCAGAAUAGUGGUAGGACUAGUUAGUUUGAGCCUCAAAUUCAAAAUCGUAAUGACGUCAUCAUCGGCUGCGACUUAAAGUCGAUUUGGACUUUACUCUAACCACAGGACUUGCUGCAAAGCAAAAUUUUGAUUUUAUCAUUCUUAACAUUAUUCUAAAUUUCAAAUGAAAUUAAUUUCAUUUGAAUUUCAUGGAAUUCACACAUUUAAUGCAAAAUGCGAUUCAUCUAAAGUCGCGUCGUAUCAGAUCGAAUAGUGUGUGCGUUGGGCUUUAUUGGGCUUGCAGUUUGGUGUGCACAGUACUUUCAACUGUAUAAUACAGAUUUAAAAUGUUCAGAUGUGUCACGUGUAGUUUGUGGGAAUAUUCGAAGUAAUGUUAAAUUCUAUCUAAAUCUUUGGUAAGACUAGACUAUCAUCUAAUGUUCUAAUCUUACAAAAGUGUAGUGACUGUAAAAAUAAAUUAUGUUAAUUCUUUUAUGAAAUUUGAAUUUUACCUUUUACCUUACAUGUAUCUAUUGAUCUUUCUUGGUAGUUUUUGUCUCGCCUGCAUAGCAGAGCGAGACUAUAGGCGCCGCUUUUCCGACGGCGGCGGCGUCAACAUCAAAUCUUAACCUAAGGUUAAGUUUUUGAAAUGACAUCAUAACUUAGAAAGUAUAUGGACCUAGUUCAUGAAACUUGGACAUAAGAUUAAUCAAGUAUUACUAAACAUCCUGCCUGACUUUCAGGUCACAUGACUAAGGUCAAAGGUCAAUAAGGGUCAAUGAACUGAGACCAUGUUGGGAUAAUUAUUUUCAAAAUCUUAACCAAAGGUUAAGUUUUUGAAAUGACAUCAUAACUUGAAAAGUAUAUGGACCUAGUUCAUGAAACUUGGGCAUAAGGUUAAUCAAGUAUUAGUGAACAUCCUGCUCGAGUUUCAGGUCACAUGACCAAGGUCAAAGGUCAUUUAGGGUCAAUGAACUUUGGUCAAGUUGGGGGUAUUUGUUGAAUUACUAUCAUAACUUUGAAAAUUUAUGGAUCUAGUUCAUGAAACUUGGACAUAAGGUCAACUUGGACAUAAGGUCAAGCAAGUAUUAGUGAACAUCCUUCCUGAGUUUCAGGUCACAUGACCAAGGUCAAAGGUCAUUUAGGGUCAAUGAACUUUGGCCAAGUUGGGGGUAUUUGUUGAAUUACCUUCAUAACUUUGAAAAUGUAUGGAUCUAGUUCAUGAAACUUGGACAUUAGGUUAAUCAAGUACCACUGAAUAUCCUGUGCGAGUUUCAGGUCACCUGACCAUGGUCAAUGGUCAUUUAAGGUCAUUAAGGUUUAUGGAUAGAGUGAAUGAAAUGUGGACAUGGGUGUAGUUGACAAGUCUUAAGUCACCGUUCAAAUGUCAUCUAUGGUCAAUGAACGUGGUAUUAUGUCAUUAUAUGAAUGGUGUUUUUGUGAAUGAUUAUUUUAUAGUAGUUUUCAAAGUUAGCACUGCUACUAUAUUAAAUCGCGUAAUGCAGGCGAGACUGCCAGAGGCGUUUCACUUGUUUUUUAUUUUCCUUGAAAAAAAGGCACUGUGAAUGCCUUUGCUCAGAAUUUUUUUUUAUUGCAUACCAGAAAGCUAAAGACUACAUCCUAAUAAAUCUUUACAAAAAUUCUGAUCUGUGCUUGAGAAGUGGUUUUCUAUGCCAAAAGAAAAAUUCAGUUUAUGUUAAUGUAGUUGGGAUACCAGCCAGUUUUAAUAACUGUUUGACAUAUUUAUCAACUUUAUACUUGGUCCAAGUAUGCAUAUGUAAUUGAUGAUCUAAUUGGAAAUUGCCAUUUGGUUUACACCUGCUUUAUCUACUAUCUGUUUGGUCUCAUUUAAAACUCAUUCUUGGUCUCUUUCUUGACCCCCGCAUGGGUCUGGACCCCACCAAAGACUUAGCCGGCCCCCAGGACCCUCGGACAUUGGUUGUCCAGAUUUUACAUUUCUAAAUGUUGGCAGGUAUGUAAAUGUGAAUGAGAGUAAUUGGGUAUUAGAAUAAGUGUAGUGUAGAUCAAUAUUUGAUGUAGUAUUAGAUUAUCUGAGAAGUGAAUGUAAACUGAUCUGAUUAGUUUUAGGGUAUCAAGGGUAAAGUUUGGAGGUCCUAAUAUAUAUUGAAAUAUCUUAUUUUCAUGAUAAGAACCGCAUGAAGAACCAACUUCAAACUUCAGCUAAUGUAUGGUUAUCAUCCGUCAUUAGUGAUCUGGUAGAAACAGAAAAUUGUAAUUGAUUUUUUUUCUUCAUGUGUUUGAACAUUGUUAUCCUCUCAGGGUGGUGGUCUGAUAGCCAUGGUUUUGUUAAACCUUGCUUAACUGAGACCACACCUUUAUUGAGUGCCAGUUAUGAAUUUAUUUACCAAUUGAAAUUAUUCUUAUCAUGCUGCAAACAGUUUUCAAAAGAUUAAUUGAGUUGUGACAUGGGAAGAAUUGGAAAAUAUCAAAAUAUAUGGAAAAAUAUCAUGAAGCCAGUAUUCCAUAAAAGUGUGGUUUAGUGUGGUUACCAGAUCAGACUAGGAUUAAACCUAGGCUUAAUUAUCAGAAUCUCAUCCACAGAGUUCCAGAAAUGCUUGUGUUACUAUGGUGAUUAAUGAAAAUAAAAGUGCCUCAUAAAUAACUUAACAAAGAUGCCUGAUGUACCAUAUGUUUUACCUGCAGAGUAAAUCUGCCACUUCUUGAAAUUGUUUCCAAGCAUGUGACAUUAAAAUUUCCUUUCAAUGAAUGGACAUCCAAAUUUAACAUCAAUUCAGAAAAAAGGCAUGCCUAAAGAAUGGUUUGGCUUUAAUGAGAUAAUCCAUAAUUUAUUCAGCAAACUUGUUAAAAGAAUAAGCAAAAUCAAAGUGUAAACAUUCAGAAGUGAUUAUCUCUGAAUUAUCUUUUUUCAAGCCUGUGUGAAACAAGGGAUAUGUGAGGAUGAUCUGGUCAGAGAGGUCAUGACAUACAUGAAUAUAUCUUGUUCUAACAAAACAGUUUAAGAGAUCAGAUUCAAACUGGACUCUUGUAUGCAUAUGCAGGUCCCAGGGUGCAACUUCCAUUGAUGAGUGGAUACCAGGAAUGACCGUGGGGUUUCGAAAAGCACCCUAAACAAGUAUUUUCCAUAUUCUGAAAAUGCACCCCAUAACAAGUAUUGGCAUGUGAAACCCUACUCUUAACAAUUAUUGGAAACAAAACGGCACCCUUGACAAAUAUUCCCUGAAUUGACCCCCUAAACAAGUACAGUGAUAUUUUGAUGGUUAUGUCACAGAUGUGAUCAUGUACGUCGUAUUUACCUUUACUUACUUUGGGUUUAGUACUGCCACACCUCUCUCAAAUCUGACUCCAAACACGUAGUGAUGUUGGGGCAACUAGUACAUCCUUUAUAAAGCAUUUCAGUAUUUUUAUACCCUCGCAAUUUGACCGUCAACACGUAGCUUUCCUAGCGAAAUAUAUACCCCUUUUUUCAGUAUUUUAGUGGUUUUUUUUACACCCUUAUUAUGUUACGUAUGUAACGUGCCCAAAUUUUAAAAGAGAUCAUUUUUAUGCGUUUCUUUAGUCGAACCUGGUAUCCACUCGUCAAUGCAAGUGCCCCCCCCCCCCCCGAUGUAAGUGACAACUUCAAAGGUCAAACUUUAUAGAUUGAAAUCUAGAAUCUGAUGUGAUCUUUCACCCUCCCUGCUUGAAUUGCUUUAACCAAAUGACUUGUCUUCCUAACCACAUAGAUUACUAAUAGCAAUGGGAUAUAAAUGUUCAUUGUGUAUGAACCAAGAGUUAUAACUGAUUUCACUGUUCAUGACUAGUACUACUCUGAUAUCAUUGUUCUAAUUGUAAUCUGUUAAGGGAAAUCCAACUGCAACCAACAUUUAUCAAAUGAAGAAGGCAUAGCAAUCAUAGAAGCCGAUUAUUAUUAGUUAAUUCAAACUAGAUUUAUAAUGAUUAAGGUAGACAUAUCUUUAUUGGUUGACUAUUUUGUGACGAGGUGCUUGGCUUCUUUCUCCCUUUUGUGUCAAUAUGCAAUUUUAAUGUACAAUUCAUAUUGUUUCUUUCAUGUGGGAUCCAAUAUCUUUACAAUUUCAAAAUUAUUUUUGGACAUCUGAGAAGAAAGUUGCCCUGAUAAUUCACUAAAAUUUACUGCAUAAUUUGCUUAUUGAACAGUAUCAUUGACCAAACAAGAUCCACAUUUUUUCAGAGAUCUCAUUAAUAAAAAGAGACAAAAACUAGCAAACAACUUAUCAAGAUUUUUUUUUCAAUUUUAUAAGAGUUUCUUAUUUUCUACUUCCAUGUCAAUUAAAAUAUUGAUAAUGUGGUUGGAUUACCAUAUAGACUUCUGAAAUGUUUCUCCUUGUGGUAUUUAAUUUUGACACUAACAGAAAAUAAAUAUUAAAGACAACCAAAUAAAUGAAACAUAAAACGUUUUUUCUUGUUAAAUGCAAAUUGUGCUUAUGUUAUUUCUAACGAGUCCUCACAAUUCAUAGAAAUACAAAGUAUUUAUAAUCAUACCCCUUAUAAACAGCUGGAAUAAUUGAACCAAGAAAGUGCACUAUGAGAUGGUUUAAAAAAGCACAUGAAACAAGAAUUAAUACAAAGGUAUGGCUUUGCAGAAAAGAAAAUGGACUGUACAUUGAAGAGGACAUACUUUAUAUAAAAAAAUCAUAUAAUGUGUGUAUUAUGCACAUAUUCAAAAUAUAUAGAGCAAAUUCUUUCAAACUUACAAUAAUAAUAAAUCCUACUGUAUAUUUUCAAUAUAAUUCAUUCUGAUUCGAAUGUAGUUCAUUUGCACAAAAUACAUUUAAUAACCAACAUAUACUUUGCAUCAAGAAGUUUAGAUUCCUUUAGGAACUUCAAAAUACUUCUAUUGACUCUGGUAAUGUUUUGUUAUAUUGCAAAUUUUAUAAGAAUAUAUUAAAUACAAGCCAAAAUUUUCAAAUUAUUAAAAUUCAUUUCAAUUCAUAUUAAUAAAAUAAGAAAAAGGACCUGCAAAAAAUCUUCAAUAGCAGGUGUGUAUGUGUGUGUUUAUAGUAUGCUAUUAUAGGCAACUUAACACAGAUGGGUGCAAGACUAGUUUAUAAUCAACAAGUUACAUUAGUACUAAAGAAAACAAAUUAUUACUUCAUUGCAACACAUGUGCUACUGAUAGCAUAGUAAGGUGUCACUAGGUAUUUUUUUAUCAAAAUACUUUAAUUUAGUAUGAUUUGCAAAAAGGAAGCACCGCAUUUUACACCAAAAAAGGCAUAGACUUUAUCUUACAAUUUGAACACCAUGGUUUAAUCAAUUUUACAUUCAGCAAAAACAAAUCUUAAUGAACCAAAGAGAUUUUAUAGAAAUAAUAUUCUACUCUUGUUCACUUAAAUAACUAGAAAUGCAGCUUGAAUUUAAUAUAAUCAAAUCAAAAUUGAUUACUUUUGAAUGAAAUAUAUACAUAUCAGAUAAUCAGUGAAUGUUUAAUACAAGUACAUCAAAAUUUCAAGACAUUUUAUAAAUAUUCAAUAAUCUUUAUCUUAUAUCACAUUAAAUAUUAUUGAGUGAUUCCUCUAAGAUAUGGAAGUGCAAUUCUUUUCUGUUAUAAGAAUCCAGGACAAAUAUGUAAUUGAUCUGGGCAGUUCUAAUAUAGUCAUUUCCCAUGUCUACAAAAUAUAUUUACAAAAUAACUGCCAAUUUAGUAUUACUGUAUAUCUAAGUGUACAAAAAUAUGUACAAUGCUUGCCAUGUAUACUUUGCUGAAUAAUGGACUGCAAUCAGGUAAUCUCUGAUACUUUCAGAAAGGUAAUAUAUCACCAUGGGUAAUACUAAUUAUAAUAAAAUAUAUCUCUCUCACAGCUGGAAUGAUUGCAUUCAAAACACACAUUACAGCCCAAAUGAAUAUUAUUUCAUGCCUAAUUCAUUAUGUGUUGUUUUACAAUAACUAAUUUAAAUUCAAUUCCAAAUACUAAGAUUAUUGCAAGAUGAUUAUCAAGCCACUUUUUAUCAAAAUCUUGUCUCUUUUCUAUCCAAAAGACAUCAAGUUCUGCCUUCAAAGAUCUAGAGUUUUGCCACUGUCACAAAUGAACACUUCCCCACAACCUGGGAUUGAAAGUUAUUAAAUGUAAAAUAAAUCAUAUUUUACUCCAUAGAUUUUUAUAAGCAUAUAUGUUUUCCCACAUAUUCAGGUUCUUAUAUCAUUAUGAAGUAAUUUGACACUACUCAUGGUAUUCCAUGUAUCUCCAGGAGAAAACAAUGUAUGACAAUAAUACACUUUCUUUGCACAUUCCAUACUUACAUGGGUAACUUUUCUAAAUGCAUAUCCAUAGGAUAAUUACUCGCAGACAGCAUAAUAUUCAAUAUAAAACAAUUGUGUUGCUAUAUAAGUCAUUGCAAAUCUUGCAUGUAUUGUGCAUAGCAAACAGUUUCUUCAUUCCAUUUAUUCAUAAAUACUGCACUGGACUACAACAGUCAGUUGUAAACAUCUUUUCAGGUAUCAAUCUCAUUGUAACAAUUCAUUGAAUAUACCAAAUUCAGGAAUGAAGAUUACUUAAAGAAUGAACACAAAAGAACAAUAAGGUAUACAAAUCCAUUCCAUACAACCAGUUUGUGUUGCAGGUUAGAUAAUAUGCAACACAAGAAAGCCUUCAUCUCUUGUGUGAAUAUACCAAAUGUAGACCAUUAAUGGUUAAUCAAACUUAAAUCUCAGAGGAGUAAUAUUUGAAAAGUAUAUACAAACCAACUUUAAACAUUUUCAUAUCAUAGACCUUAUCAUACAGUAGGUGGCUCUGAGCUGUGACAUUACACUGCCAAUACUAAGUACUUUCAUAAUGGAUAUAAAAUAUUUAAAUCAAACCCUGUAUUAGCAGAAAUCAAGUGACAAUGCAAAAAAAAAACAAUAUAAACAGAGCAAAAUGGUUGUCUAGUUUACAAUGAUCAGAAAAAUUGAUUUACAAAGACAAAGCAAAGGUAGUAAGGAAGAUAAAAAGCACAUGAAGUUUGGCACAAAUAUCAGAGGCACCUUUGAAGUGGAUUAUGGAACUUGUUGGUGCAAUAUAAAAUGGGUCAAUCCUUAAUUCUGGCUCACACCUUUGCAUUUAGACUUGUGCUAAGCUGCGUAUCGCCUGAACACAAGACAAUCACAGUCAAGGAAAACAAUUAAAAAAGCUACUAUGAGGUGAAUGAAUGUACAGACUAACAACCCUACAUUCAUUCUAGCUUGGUAGUUUGAAAUUUGCUCCAACAUCUGCAACUGAAUGCAACCAAAAUCCAUACCAGCAAGGAUGAGUGGUAACAAGCAAAAUAGCAAAUGAUAACGGCGAGUAGCUUACUCGGGCCAGUGAGCUUUAAUGAGUGAAACUGAAUAUAUGAACUUGUAUGCAAAAGUGUGAUUGCAACAUAAUAUUUUGCUGAAUAGUCUGCUUUGUUAGGCUGCAUAUGGCUGUUUUUUGGCUAAAGCAGCAAUACAUAGCUUAAAACACAGAGGUGUGAGCCACACAAGAGGAGAAUAGGGGUGCAUUUCUUCAAUGGUUUUAAAACAAUACCACAGGAUGGAUAUUCUGACAACAUAUUGAUUUAACAAAAAUCAGAAAAGUGACUAAAACAUUUGAGGGUUGAGGAUAUUGGUGAAAAGAAAGUUUCUUGGUGUACAAAAUUCUCAAGCUAGCAGAGAUGACAAAUUUAAAAAACAUUUUUUUCAGUUGUUGGGUUUCCAUAUUUCUAAAAGGCAUAGUCCUCUUAAUUUACUGAUGAAGGAAAUGUUAAAAAUACUGAAAAUCUGCUUCAUGUGACAUUUUAGUUAAAAAUUAAUGAUCUUUUUAUUGAAACUGCACUGCUAUCUAUACAAAGAGAAAAAUACUAAUGCCAGUUUCAUUUUCUUAUUUAAAAAGAAACCUAAUAUCAUGCAUUGUGACCUCCUUUUGGAGACAGUCUUUGGUUAUGAAUAUCUGAAUCAGCACUGAACACAAUAUUCUCAGCUUUUUGUCUUAGACUUUUGGUUUGACAUGGUUAAUGCAAGUAGUAAAUAUCUGAUAUUUUAUUUUGAAAUGUACUACUUGCAUGGUCCUUCAGAGAUUCAAAUAUAUAUAUCAACAGUUUUACAAUGAAACCUAAGGUCUUCAAAUAAUCCAAGUCCAUUAAAGGCCAUGGCCAUGCGGAUGCCCUCUCAUUCGCCUGGGAUAUUUUGUGUGGCCUCUUUCUUUUUCCUGAUGUAAUAUAGAAAUAUGCCCGAUAGAAAAUUCGCCUUGCCCUUAAAAUAUUUAUAUGUAUGGCCUGAAAUAUAACCAUACAGUUCCUGUAUACAAUUUAUUAUUGCCAUUAUAAUAAACACUCAAAACUAUGGAGAUAAUGCUAAGCUAAAAGCAAUUAAACAGACAGAAAGGCAUUCAAGGGAUGAUAGAACAAAAGACAACAUAUGAUGAAAAAAGAGACAUGAUAAAUAUAUGACAGUACAACUAAAAUAGAUGCUAUACAACUAAAGAGUUUGUGAUUUUGAUGGUGAUGCAUUUCUGGUUGUGAAAGAUGUUUUGGGACGGUAUGGCCUUGGCUUGACUGGCGGUGGUUUCCUAGCUGAACCAGUAGGUGUGGUUGGUGUGGACGAUGAUGGGCCUGUAGGAAUACCUACUGGUACUCUCAAAGGCAUGGCUGAAGGAGGGUAGAAGGAAUGAACAGGUUUCACAACAUCUCGUACAAUAUCUGGUGUUGAAGCAGAGUUGGUUGCAUCAUUUACAGUGGUAUGCCUUAGCUCAUCGCUGAGGUGACGGAUGUGGUCCGGGCUGGCCGUCGUAGAGGAUGAGGUGCUGGUGGCCAGACUGCCUGGUAAUGACUUAUCCC